CUUCUUCUACUCGGCGAAGAAUUUUCUCGACAAAACAAAAACUGAAAACUUUGACCGAAGAUCUGAAAAAAAAAAAGGAUGGAGAGAAGACAAGCGAAGAUCCAUGUCUUUGUAUUGAUCGGUCUGAUUCUAUUGAAUUCGAUCAAUCAAAUCUCGUCUCUCUCUGUAACGGUGAACGACGAAGAAUGUGUUCAAGAGUACGUCCUUUACGAAGGCGACACUGUUUCUGGAAACUUCGUCGUCGUCGAUCAUGAUAUCUUCUGGGGUUCUGAUCAUCCUGGUUUGGAUUUCACGGUGACGUCUCCAGCUGGGAACAUUGUACAAACAGUGAAGGGAACAUCUGGUGAUAAGUUUGAGUUUAAGGCUCCAAGAAGUGGGAUGUACAAAUUUUGUUUCCACAAUCCUUAUUCAACUCCUGAAACUGUCUCAUUUUACAUUCAUGUUGGUCAUAUUCCAAAUGAGCAUGACUUAGCCAAAGAUGAACAUUUGGACCCGGUAAAUGUAAAGAUAGCUGAGCUGAGAGAGGCAUUGGAAUCUGUUGUUGCUGAGCAGAAGUAUUUGAAAGCUCGUGACACUCGUCACCGUCAUACAAAUGAGAGCACGAGAAAGCGUGUGAUAUUUUACACAGUAGGAGAGUACAUGUUCCUUGCAGCAGCAAGUGGGCUUCAGGUUCUCUACAUCCGCAAGCUCUUCAGCAAGUCAGUCGCAUACAACAGAGUUUGAACAUAUAACAAAACCUCAGCAAGGUUUUAUGUCCUUUUCAUGUUUGAAAUGGUGAACGAAUUCAAAACACAAUCUUAAAACAGUGUUAGUUUAAUUAUUAAGAGCUUAAUAGCUAAAGACCCCUCUUUUUGUUUUCUGGUUA